UGCAAACGCGUCGAACGCGGAUUGUCGAUGGAAAUCGCGCGUGGCAUCCAACCCCGCAUGGUUGCACAUGGUUCCGCGCCGUCCACUCGCAACAAGGAGUUCCUCUCGUCGGCUGAAAUCCGUCACCGGAGCAAUCCGACAUUCAAAAUUCGACAGCGCUCGCCUCCUCGCAACUGCGAUGUCGCGAUCAGAACAGUCGUGAGCCUCAAAUCGGGCCCUGUUGUUAGAAGUUGUGCUCAGAGCGAUGUUACAUGCGAAAAUGUUCGAGAGAAGUUUCGCUCGGCGUCCCUGGGCAACGCGGAACCAGUGGACUCUGAUUGGAAAUUAAGUUCUGCUGCGAGGAAUCGCGUUCGAAGUCGUUCCAACAAGUUCCGGUUUGUUGACACGUUCGUUCCAGCGUGCUCGAGACAAUUGGAACCAGUGUCUUUUUAAUUGUAUUGGGAGAAAUUGUGUUCACGAGUGUCUUGAAUGAGCAAGCUUCGACGUUGAGCUUUGUUGGAGGAAUAAAUUAUUUGUGCGCGAAGUAAUUUUGUAGCGAGAACUUCAGCUUUAAAGGACUCUGGUUUGGUGCAUCGUGAAAGGUGUGACGCAAAGUGUACGUUCGAAUCCUAAAAAGUUCUGAGAAUUCUAAGGAAUUGGGCCCGUAACGCGGUCCCAAAAUUUCUGUCUGCUGGAAGCGGUGCGCGAAGUUUGGGAUCAUUGAAGAUCGGUACGAGUUUUUCGGGGGAAAUUUUCAGCUGCCCUGCGAUUGCGGACGUGGAGUUCGAGCCACCGUGUACGUUUGAUGGUGUUCGUGUCACCUGCUGGCGAUUUCGAUGCUGGUUGUCUGAAGAACAGUGCAUGGAAUGUCGCACUUGCCAGCUAAAAAGCUAUUUUUCUGGCUGUUUUGUUUCUCGCACGAACCUCUUGAUAACACUUUAAAGCAUCCCGACAAAUUCGACUCGUACGCAGGUAGAGGAAACAGAACCGGCGACGCCAAGGCUGAAAAAUAACGCCGUCCUGCCGCCUCGACGAAAACGACGCAGCGAAAUCGGCUCCGCGCUCAAAGGCCUAAUCGAAUCUCCACGCGUCAGUAUAAACAGAGUCAGCCCUUAGCCCGAAGACGGCUGGCAUGAAUCGAACGCCUUGAAUUCGACCGUUCCUCGCGAUCCUGAUCGAGAUCCAGCCUCGAGACGUCGGCGUCGCGAAACUUGCCAGGAUGCCCGCCGUCGGCCAGGACCGGGCCCGUGACCGCUCCAUCCUCCUCGAGAGCUUCCAGAACUUCAAGACCGUGUUCCGGGAGCGAGAGAGCGCGGCUUGAACGGUAUCCCGGCGCCUAACAUGCACCGGGGCCGCUCCGUUUGGAAUGGAAGUCAGUGAGCCAUCGGACGAAGACGCACCGCUAGGCAGCAUCGGCUCGACGUCCGGCAUCGGCAGGCUCUCGGAGACGGUGAACACGACCGUCCAGCAGACGUUGCAGGCGGUGAACAGCACCGGGGACACCUACCAGCAGCAGAAUCUCGUCUGGACGGUGGCUAAGGGCGUGGUCAUGAUCAGCAUCAUCGUGACCGCGUUGAUCGGCAACGCGCUGGUCAUCGCCAGCGUUAGGAGGCACAGGAAGCUCCGGGUGCCCACCAAUCGCUACGUCGUCAGCCUGGCUGCCGCGGACCUUCUAGUGGCUGUCUGUGCGAUGACCUUCAACGCGUCCGUCGAGUUGUCGGGUCGCUGGAUAUUCGGCCGAGUGAUGUGCGACGUCUGGUGCUCGUUGGACGUUUACUUCUCCACCGCGUCCAUUCUACACUUGUGCUGCAUCAGCGUGGACAGGUACUAUGCUAUCGUGAGGCCGCUAGAGUACCCGGCCAUCAUGAAGAGAAUCACCGUGACCUGCAUGCUGGGCAGCGCCUGGCUACUGCCCGCCCUCAUCAGCUUCAUACCGAUUUUCCUAGGCUGGUACACCACCGAGCAACACCUAAGGGACCUUGUACAGAAGCCUGAGGUGUGCGUGUUCGUGGUGAACCCUCGUUACGCAGUGGUGAGUUCGUCGGUCUCCUUCUGGAUCCCGGGUCUCGUGAUGAUCGUAAUGUACUGCAAGAUCUACAAGGAGGCUGUGCGGCAAAAGGAGGCGCUCAGCCGCGCCUCCAGCAGCACCGUCCUAAAUAGUGUUCACUUGCACCGCGCGUCCACGUCCAGGCAUCAUUCCAGGGCGUCCCAUCAAUUAUUGCUGCACCCGAGCGACGCCAGCGACUUCGGCAGGCCUAUGUCUUACAGAACCGCCGCCGAGUUGAACGCCGAGAACGGUACUUCCAUACGACAACAAACGAAAAGUUGGAGGGCCGAACACAAAGCAGCGAGGACGCUCGGAAUAAUAAUGGGGGCGUUCCUCCUUUGUUGGCUACCAUUCUUCCUUUGGUACCUGACGACGUCCCUCUGCGGCGAAUCCUGCUACUGUCCAGACACAGUGGUGUCCGUCCUCUUCUGGAUAGGUUACUUCAACAGCGCCCUGAACCCCCUGAUCUACGCGUACUUCAACCGUGACUUCCGCGAGGCGUUCAAGGACACCCUGAAGAGCGCGCUGCCCUGCUGCGCGAGCUGUUGGAAGACGCCGUCGCAGUUCGUCUAGCGAGAGGAACCCCCGUGAACAGUCGCCACGAAAAACGAUACGUUGCUCGAGAUCCGCGGGAGGAUUUGGUAUCGGCUCGUUUGACCGAACGAUUGUCCACCCGUUCGUUCGGUGCCGGGACACGGCUCCGGGCCCGCUGUUACAUUUCCGUCGGCUCCGCUGAAAAAAGCCAGCGGCUCUCCAGCUGCUCGAGGUCGUCCAGAUCCCGUCGGGCCACCGAUCUCGCCGCUUUUCCGCGCAACAACAUUUUUACACGAUGCCCCUUCCGUCUAUCGUCGAGCGCCGCGUCGACGACGCGACGGGCCCCGACGAGAAUGGACCCGAAAGGUCUGACUCCUCCGGCGAUCGACUAUUGCACCGUCACCGCACACAAACGAACACGUAGCCAAAAAGAAGAAAACGCGAAUCGAUCGACGAAGCGUUCGUGAGAAUCGGGCCGAGACGAGAGAAACAGGAACUCCGGCUGGAGUCGCUAGAGUCUUCGUUUAAUCGCUGUUAGCUCGGUGUAUAAUGUAUAGUGUAGCUGAGAAUCUAGGAGAGACGCUAGGCGGCAAUCGUCGAGGAGCAAUUACCUUAACUGUAAGUUUAGAAUCGCUCCCAUUCUCGUCGGGCACCGCGAUUGUCCGCGGGGGCCGCGCGACGACGACGAAAACGUGGCAGAGACGCGGCGGCGUCGGCCGGGGAUCCUAAGUGGCCGGAGGGCUCCGCGACCGGCGAUAGUUACUUAAAGGUCCCCCUUUUAGCGAGCUUCUUCGUAGACACUUGCGACGGGAAACUGAAACGGUUCCCGUGCAUAGAUCAGGUCCUCGAGGAUUCGUCCUUGAACGAUGUUCGACGAAUCGUUCAAACAGAAGCAAUAGGAAGGCGCGAGGCGGACGAUUGGAAAGCCGGGUGUCCAGGUAGCUCGAGUUACCUGCUGAAGCUCCGAACACCGAACGAGUGAACUCGCGUUCCGCUGCCCGGUAAACGAAGCUUAUGGCAUCGCGGAUGCAGUGAUCUUCCUCUAAUUUGUGCUCGGACUGCGCACAGAAAUGGGCGAUUUGGGAAGAAGAGAUACGAUCGGUUUUUAUAGUUAUGUCAAAUGUACGUAUAUUGUAUGUAUCCCGAAAUUAUGGUUUUUUCGGGAAAUAAGAGAUUCUUCAGGUUAUUUGGAGUAACUUUUUCCUCAGCGAAAAUCCAAUGCGCGGCUUCGUUUAGGAGUUAUCAACGAAAAACGCGG